UUUUUUUUUUUUUUUUUUUUUUUUUUUUUUUUUUUUUUUUGGUUUGUUUGAUGCCUUGCUGUUCGCCGGAGAAUCCUGCUUUCUUAGCUCCGUCGCUGCCGGUACUGAAACGAGAAUCGUUGGUUUGGAUUUGAAGAAUUUGUGUAAGUAAGUGAAAGUUAGUGGAAAGAAUUUUGUUGUGAAGAAAAUGGUUUCCAGUAAUCGAGCGACGCAUUGGCAUCAACAACAAGCACAGUCCUCGAACACGAAUACCAGCAAUUUCCGAUCUCACCGUACAGAUUCUAUCAACAAAGCCAUAGCGCAGUACACAGCCGAUGCUCGUCUUCACGCGGUGUUCGAGCAGUCAGGUGAGUCUGGGAAAUCUUUUGACUACUCACAAUCUAUAAGAACUUCGACGCAAUCUGUGCCGGAGCAGCAAAUUACUGCUUAUUUGUCGAAGAUUCAAAGAGGCGGCCAUAUCCAGCCCUUUGGAUGUAUGAUAGCCAUAGAUGAGGCUAGUUUUCGGGUUAUUGCAUACAGUGAGAACGCUAGGGAAUUGCUCGGUUUAACUCCCCAAUCAGUGCCGAGUCUUGAAAAGCCUGAGAUCCUCACAAUUGGGACUGAUGUACGGAAUUUGUUCACUUCCAACAGUGCAAUUCUGCUCGAGAAGGCAUUUGGGGCGCGAGAAAUCACUUUGUUGAACCCUGUUUGGAUUCAUUCCAAGAAUUCUGGUAAGCCUUUUUACGCAAUUUUGCAUAGGAUUGAUGUGGGAAUUGUGAUUGAUUUGGAGCCUGCAAGAACGGAGGAUCCUGCCCUUUCUAUUGCUGGCGCAGUCCAAUCGCAAAAACUUGCGGUACGUGCUAUUUCUCAGUUGCAAUCACUCCCUGGUGGAGAUAUUAAACUGUUGUGUGAUACUGUGGUUGAGAGUGUUAGGGAGCUUACUGGAUAUGAUAGGGUUAUGGUGUAUAAAUUUCAUGAGGAUGAGCAUGGUGAGGUUGUGGCUGAAAGCAAGAGGGCUGACUUAGAGCCAUACAUUGGAUUGCAUUAUCCUUCUACUGAUAUUCCUCAGGCAUCAAGAUUUUUGUUUAAGCAAAACCGUGUUAGGAUGAUCGUUGAUUGCAAUGCCUCUCCAGUUCGUGUAAUUCAGGAGCCAGGGCUUAUGCAACAUCUAUGCUUGGUGGGUUCAACUCUUCGUGCUCCCCAUGGCUGCCAUGCUCAGUAUAUGGCCAAUAUGGGCUCCAUUGCUUCGUUAGCAAUGGCAGUUAUUAUCAAUGGUAAUGAUGAUGAAGCUAUUGGCGGGCAAAACUCAACAAGGCUUUGGGGUUUGGUUGUAUGCCACCAUACUUCUGCUCGGUGUAUUCCGUUCCCGCUUCGGUAUGCCUGUGAGUUUCUAAUGCAAGCCUUUGGGCUUCAACUGAAUAUGGAAUUGCAGUUGGCUUCACAGAUGUCUGAGAAACAUGUUUUGAGGACUCAAACUCUCUUGUGUGACAUGCUUCUUCGUGAUUCCCCAACUGGGAUUGUUACACAGAGUCCAAGCAUCAUGGACCUAGUAAAGUGUGAUGGGGCAGCUCUCUACUAUCAAGGGAAAUAUUACCCUCUGGGUGUUACGCCAACCGAGGCCGAAAUAAAGGAUAUUGUGGAAUGGUUGUUGGCUUUCCAUGGAGAUUCAACUGGUUUAAGUACAGAUAGCUUGGGUGAUGCUGGAUAUCCAGGGGCAGCCUUGCUAGGUGAUGCAGUUUGUGGAAUGGCUGUUGCUUACAUCACAAAAAGGGAUUUGCUAUUUUGGUUCCGAUCACAUACAGCAAAAGAGAUCAAAUGGGGUGGCGCAAAGCAUCACCCAGAGGAUAAGGACGAUGGUCAAAGAAUGCAUCCACGUUCAUCAUUCAAGGCAUUCUUGGAAGUUGUAAAAUCCCGUAGUUUACCAUGGGAGAAUGCAGAAAUGGAUGCAAUUCACUCAUUGCAGCUUAUUCUGCGAGACUCAUUUAAGGAAGAUGUGGCAAUGACUUCAAAGGCAGUUGUGCACCCUCAACUAGGGGAUCUUGACUUGCAAGGGAUCGACGAGCUCAGCUCAGUUGCAAGAGAAAUGGUCAGGUUAAUUGAGACUGCAACUGCCCCUAUCUUUGCUGUAGAUGCCGAUGGUCAUAUCAAUGGAUGGAACGCGAAGAUAGCUGAGUUGACUGGGCUUGCAGCUGAGGAAGCUAUGGGGAAAUCCUUAGUUCGUGAUCUUGUGUAUAAAGAAUCUGAAGAAACAGUCGACAAACUUGUUUCCCGGGCUUUAAAAGGUGAAGAAGACAAAAAUGUAGAGAUAAAAAUGAAGACAUUUGGGCCGGAAGAUCAAAGAACGCCAAUUUUUGUGGUUGUAAAUGCUUGCUCUAGCAGGGACUACACCGAUAAUAUAGUUGGCGUUUGUUUUGUUGGUCAAGAUGUUACCUGCCAAAAAGUGUUCAUGGACAAAUUUAUUAGCAUACAAGGUGAUUACAAAGCAAUCGUUCAUAGUCCAAAUCCUCUUAUCCCUCCAAUAUUUGCUUCAGACGACAAUACAUGUUGCUCAGAAUGGAAUACCGCCAUGGAAAAGCUCACUGGAUGGUCCAAAGAGGAGAUAAUUGGAAAAAUGCUAGUAGGAGAAGUUUUUGGAAGUUGUUGUCGACUGAAGGGUCCAGAUGCAUUGACCAAAUUUAUGAUUGUCUUGCACAGUGCAAUUGGUGGGCAGGACAAUGAAAAAUACCCCUUUUCUUUUUAUGACAAAAAGGGGAAAUAUGUGCAAGCUCUCCUAACAGCAAAUAAGAGGAUGAAUAUGGAGGGUCAGAUUGUUGGAGCUUUCUGCUUCUUACAGAUAGCUAGUCCUGAAUUGCAGCAAACUCUUAGAAUGCAGAGGCAACAGGAGAAGAACCGGUUCGCUAGGAUGAAAGAGCUGGCUUACAUUUGCCAGGAAGUGAAGAGUCCUUUGAGUGGUAUACGCUUCACUAACUCACUUUUGGAGGCUACAGAUUUGAGUGAAGAUCAAAAACAGUUCCUCGAGACCAGUGUUGCUUGUGAAAAGCAGAUGUUGAAGAUUAUAGAAGAUAUGGAUUUGGAAUGCAUUGAUGAUGGUACGAUGGAACUUGAGAAGGGGGAGUUCUUAUUGGGAAGUGUUAUCAAUGCUGUUGUUAGCCAAGUAAUGAUACUCCUCAGAGAAAGGAACUUACAGCUGAUCCGUGAUAUACCAGAAGAAGUAAAGACUAUGGCUGUCUAUGGCGAUCAAAUGAGGAUUCAACAAGUCUUAGCUGAUUUCUUGUUGAAUAUGGUCCGUUACGCACCCUCUCCAGAAGGUUGGGUAGAAAUACGUGUCUGUCCAUUCCUGAAGCAAAAUCCAGAUGGACAUACUCUUGCACACACUGAAUUCAGGAUUGUAUGCCCUGGGGAAGGUCUACCACCUGAGUUGGUUCAGGACAUGUUUCAUAGUGGCAGAUGGGUGACUCAAGAAGGCUUAGGCUUAAGCAUGUGCAGAAAGAUAUUGAAGCUCAUGAAUGGUGAAGUCCAGUACAUCAGAGAGUCUGAAAGGUGUUAUUUCUUGAUCACUCUCGAACUCCCCUUGACAGAGAGAGGCCUAAACGACGUCGGUUAGUUUCUUCGACCCCUUACAAACUUUCCCCCAUUAACAUAAGAUACUUGUGUAAUUUUCGAGUCAUUGUUCAUAAGCCGAGCUCUGAACUUACAUGUCGUCGAGGCCGUGUGAUAUAAUUAGUAGGCGAAUAAUAAAGACUGUUUUAUGUACAUCACUUCACUGACCUGCUUGUUCUAGAUGAGAUGCUGCUAGUGCUAUUAGGUACUAUAGAAUUGUCCUUGUUGCUGUUAGAGAUUGUUGUAUUAGAGGAUUUGAAGGUUCUGUUGUGGUUAAGUUGAGUUGCAUCUUCAAUUCCCUCUGUUCUUACCAUUUCUUCUGUAAUAUUAUGAAGUACUAUUUGAGCUGCUGGCUUAUAGGAAAGGGAGAAUGAAUAUUUUGAGAUUUUUAAGUUA